AGCUGUAUCGGGCAAGCCAAUGUGGUUCAAGCGCGGCAGCCUCUUGCAAGGCGUGUCGUGCAUUUGGUCACAAUGGGUUGCGGCGCCUCCGCCCAGCGUGGGACCCGAUGGCGAGCUGACAAAAGCGCCAGUGGAACCACGGACUUGCCCCUCACCAGCGGACAGGAUACGCCGCUGGGGAUGAUUGAGGAUCUGUUCCCCCUGAGCGGCGAGGAUGUCACGCCGUACGAGCAGCAGGUAACGCCGAGCGGCACAGCGUUCAUCCCCGUUGCCAGCGCCGAGAGCUCGCCUGGCACGGACGACAAGCUGGCGGACAUAGGGCUGGUCUACGGACUUGGUGGCUACAGCCAGUACAGCCGGGUGCUGCUCUGCAUGGUCGGUCUGCCAGCCCGGGGUAAGUCUUACAUUGUAAAGAUGUUGACGCGCUAUCUCAUGUGGUCAGGCUUCCCCGUCAAAGCAUUCAACGCCGGGAAUUUGAGGAGGCACAUGGGCAAGGCAGGUGCGGCAGCGGAUUUCUUCGACAAAAACAACGAGGAGAUGUCGGAACUGCGGGAGAGGAUCGCUUCGCAGUGCAUGGAGGAGGCUAUCGGUUGGCUGGAGAAGCAGCAGGGCGUGUGCGCUGCGAUCUUCGACGCCACCAACACCACCAGGCAGCGUAGAGCCAAGAUCGUUCAAAGGUGCGGCAAGGGCACCGGGCUCACACCUGUUUUUGUGGAGAGCAUCUGCGACGACCCCGAGAUUCUUAAGCAGAACUACCGCCUCAAGCUGAUCAACGACGACUAUCAGAACACAGAUCCUGAGAAAGCCCGCGCUGAUUUCCUUGAGCGUGUCCGGCAGUAUGAGGAGGUCUACGAGCCCGUGGAGGACGAGGAGUGCGGCGAGAAUAUUAGCUACAUCAAGCUGUUCAAUGUUGGCCAGAAGGUUGUCAUGCAUCGUAUCACAGGGUACCUCACAAGCCAGGUUGCAUCAUACCUCAGCAAUUGCCAUAUAACCCAACGGAGUAUAUGGCUGACGCGCCAUGCCGAAACCGAAGAUCAGCUCAGAGGCAAGCUGGGCAGCGUAAGCCAGGAGCUGACACCCAAAGGUCGCAGGUAUUGCCGCUUCAUGGCGGAUAUGCUUCGAAACUGCAAGCGGCAGAUGCUUGAGGUGGGCGAGACCUCGGACAGAGAGGUGCUUGUGCUGCUUGGCACGGCACCUGUGCACGCAGCCACCCUGAACGCUUUGAAAAGCAUCCCUGAUGAGGCCGAUGAUCGAAUCAAUUUUCUUGCUAUGAGCACCUCGCUCCUGAACGAGCUCGAUGGGGGCGUCUGCAACGGUAUGACCUACGAGCAGAUUCAGAGGGAGCACCCCGACAUAUGGGCGGCGCGAGAGCAGGACAAGCUAAACUUCCGCUACCCUGGCGCCGGGGGCGAGUCCUACGCGGAUGUUAUCGGACGUCUUCGGCCCAUCAUCAUCGAGCUGGAGAGGCAACGCCGUUCGGUGCUGGUGAUCUCCCACCUGGCCGUCCAGAGGUGCCUGUACGCCUACUUCACGGGCCACCCCGUACAGGACACGCCCCACCUGGAGCUUCCCAUGCACACCGUUGUCGAGCUGCGGCCGAAGCCUCUGGGGGCGGCCGUGCGGCAGGCGCGCUUCGAGGACUGACCCCCGCCACGCUGUGACUGCACGUGGAGCCGUGGUGAAGGAUCGCAGAAGUGUGUGGGGGGGGGGGAGCCACAGCCCCGAGCCCUGGAGUUGACGAGCAGGUGUCCUCCGCCCGGGGAGCCGAUGUGCCAGGGCCGCCCGAGGAGAUGGAUACGGACAUCCUCGAGCCGCAGAUGGGCGACCAGGUCGGACCCGGUGCGGCCAGGGCACCCCGCGCGCGGGCGGCGGCGGGGCGCGCAGGGCGACCUGCGGCGAGCGCCGCCCUGCGGAGGACCACAGCUGGCGCCUGCUCGCCUCCGCCUCGGGCGGGCCGA